AUAUAUCAAGGCCUGGUGCCAACGUUAGUGAUCUCUGACCCAGAAACAAUAAAGGAAGUUAUGGUUAAAGAUUUCUCUAAUUGCCCUAACAGACGUAAUGUUCUUGCGUCCAGAAAUGAACUGAAACACUCAUUGAUAAAUCUACGAGACGAUCAUUGGAGGUUUAUUAGAAAUACAUUACUUCCUACGUUUUCCUCUGGCAAGAUGAGAGCGCUGAACUCUAUCUUUAAACGUUCAUAUGAAUCAUUACUGGAAAACCUGAAACCGAAAGCAAAGGCCGGAGAACCAAUAGAAUUCAAACAGGUUUUUGGAGCGUAUACUAUGGAUAUCAUAGCCUCAGCUGGGUUUGGUCUUGACGUAGAUUCACAGAAAAAUCCAGAGAACAAAUUUACCAAAUAUGCAAAAAUGCUGUUCGAUUUUAAAUUUUCAAGGUUGAUUAUCUUGAUAAUGGCCUUUCCAAGUGUUGACAUCAUCUUCAACUGGUUUAACAUAUCACCGAAUAAUAACCGUACUGUUAUGGACUUUUUCAAAUCUGUUGUUAAAACAGCUAUUGGUAUGCGGAAAGAAACGGACCAGAAACCAAAAGAUCUGCUGCAGAUGAUGCUGAAUGCGCAUAACGACAAAGACGUGAAUGACAACGAGGGUGUCCAUCAGUAUGAAAAGGAUCCAGAAAAAUGGAAGAAAAGAGGAUUAACAUUGGAUGAAAUUACUGGGAACUCCAUUUUGUUUUUGUUAGUCGGAUAUGAUACCACUGCCUCCGCACUAACAUUUGUAUCCUAUUGCUUAGCAACAAAUCCGGAUUGCCAAGAGAAACUAAUUAAAGAAAGAGACUCCGUUUUAGGAAAAGAUUGUCCAAAUUAUGACAAUAUCCAGAAGAUGGAUUACCUGGAUCGGGUAUUCAGUGAAACAUUGCGCCUAUACGCACCAGGAGGAAGAACAGACAGACAUGUUGAGAAAGAAAUGAUUGUUCAUGGAUAUAAAAUUCCCAAAAAUGCAGAGAUAAUGAUUCCUAUACAUGCAAUUCACAGAGAUCCGGAAUUCUGGGAGGAACCUGAAAAAUUUGACCCUGAAAGAUUUACACCAGAAAACAAAGCAAAGAGGCACCCUUACUGUUAUUUACCGUUUGGCCAUGGACCUCGAAGCUGUAUUGGCAUACGUCUGGCACAGGUAGAAGCCAAAUAUGCACUAGUGUACAUACUGCAACAUUACAGGUUCAAAACAUGCGAAGAAACGGAGAUUCCCAUACAACUGACAAAAGGGCGGAUUACAAAACCCGCGAAUGGCAUGAAACUGAAACUGGAAAGUCGAAUGUAGAAAACCCUAACUGCAUACGAUAUAACUUGGGAGGAUUGUGUGACAUUAUACAAAGAUUU